AUGGGGGAGGUGGAGCCGGGCCCCGGGGGCCCGCUGGAGCCCCGGGAGCCUCCCGAAGCGUCCGCGAGCCGCCGGCCGGGAGGGAUCCGGGUCCUGAAGAGAAAUAUGAAACGCAAUGGGAGCAGAAAUUGUUUAAAUAGGAGGAGCAGGUUUGGUUCUCGAGAAAGAGAUUGGCUGAGAGAAGAUAUGAAGAGAGGCUGUGUUUACCUUUAUGGAGCAGACACGACCACUGCCACUACAACCACCAACUCCUCCUCCUCCUCCUCCUCUGACUUACAUCUCGUCCUUUGCACAGUGGAGACACCAGCAUCUGAAAUAUGUGCUGGGGAGGGAAAGGAAAGCCUUUAUUUACAGCUUCACGGAGACUUGGUCAGGAGACUGGAACCUACGGAACGACCUCUUCAGAUUGUGUAUGAUUACUUAUCCAGGCUGGGCUUUGAUGACCCAGUGCGCAUACAGGAGGAGGCAGCAAACCCUGACCUUGGCUGUAUGAUCCGAUUUUAUGGUGAAAAACCAUGCCAGAUGGAUCAUCUGGACCGAAUCCUUCUGUCUGGCAUCUAUAAUGUACGCAAGGGAAAGACCCAGCUGCAUAAGUGGGCUGAACGCCUAGUUGUUCUUUGUGGCACCUGCCUCAUUGUUUCUUCAGUGAAGGAUUGUCAGACUGGAAAGAUGCACAUUUUGCCUCUGGUUGGGGGAAAGGUAGAAGAAGUGAAGCGACGGCAGUACUCGCUGGCAUUCAGCUCAGCUGGAGCCCAAGCCCAGACCUAUCAUGUCAGCUUUGAGACUUUGGCCGAGUGCCAGAGAUGGCAGCGGCAAGCAUCCAAGGUUGUGUCCCAGCGCAUCAGUACCGUUGACCUCUCCUGCUACGGCCUUGAGGAGGUUCCGGAGCAUCUCUUCUACAGCCAAGAUACCACCUACCUCAACCUGCGACACAACUUUAUGCAACAGGAAAGGCCAGGGGGCCUUGACUCACUCUACAAGUUUUCUCAGCUGAAGGGCCUGAACUUGUCCCAUAAUAAACUUGGGUCGUUUCCUACAUUGCUGUGUGACAUUUCUACCCUGACGGAGCUCAACCUUUCCUGUAAUGGAAUUCACGACCUGCCAAGUCAGAUUGGCAGUCUGCUAAAUCUUCAAACCCUCUGUCUUGAUGGCAACUUUCUGACUACUUUACCUGAAGAAUUGGGAAAUCUGCAACAGCUUUCCUCUCUGGGAAUUUCCUUCAACCACUUUGGUAAUAUUCCUGAGGUUUAUGAGAAACUCACUACAUUAGAUAAAGUGGUGAUGGCAGGAAAUCAACUGGAAGUCCUGAAUCUCGGGGUGCUGAACAGGAUGAGCCAUGUCAAGCAUGUCGACCUAAGGAUGAAUCAGUUGAAGACCAUAAUUACUGAAAAUCUGGAGGGAAAUAAAUACAUCACCCACAUGGAUUUGCGAGAUAAUCAACUGACUGACUUAGAUCUUAGCUCCUUGUGUAGCUUGGAGCAGCUGCAUUGUGAACGGAACCAGCUGAGGGAGCUAACGCUCAGUGGCUUCUCCCUUCGAACCCUCUAUGCCAACUCAAACCGGCUGACAGCAGUGAAUGUUUAUCCGGUACCCAGACAACUCACUUCCCUAGAGCUUGCCCGAAACCUGCUAGAAUGUGUUCCUGACUGGGCCUGUGAAGCAAAGAAGAUAGAAAUAUUAGAUGUCAGCCAUAAUCUCCUCCCAGAGGUUCCCGUGAGAAUUCUGAGCAGCUUGAGUCUUAGAAAACUGAUGGUGGGACAUAACCGUGUGCAAAACCUUCCCAUGCUGAUGGAGCACAUCCCCCUUGAAGUGUUGGACGUUCAACAUAACUUACUCACCAGGCUGCCAGACACCCUCUUCUCCAAGGCCUUAAAUCUCAGGUACUUUAAUGCAUCUGCAAAUAGUCUGGAAUUUUUGCCCUCCGCCUGCUCUGGGGAGGAGAGUCUGAGUAUGCUGCAGCUGCUUUACCUGACCAGCAAUCUCCUGACAGACCAGUGUAUACCUGUGCUGGUGGGACACCCACACCUUCGGAUCUUGCACCUUGCAAACAACCAGCUACAGACCUUUCCGGCAAGCAAACUAAAUAAAUUGGAGCAAUUGGAAGAACUGAACCUAAGUGGCAACAAGCUGAAAACCAUUCCCACGACCAUAGCAAACUGUAAAAGGCUGCAUACUCUUGUGGCACAUUCCAACAAUAUCAGCAUUUUCCCAGAAAUACUGCAGUUGCCCCAGAUCCAGUUUGUGGACCUAAGUUGCAAUGACCUGACAGAAAUCCUGAUUCCAGAAGCACUGCCUGCUACAUUACAAGACCUUGACCUGACAGGAAAUACAAAUCUAGUUCUGGAACACAAGACCCUCGACAUCUUUAGCCAUAUCACAACUCUGAAAAUAGAUCAGAAACCUUUGCCAACCACUGAUUCUACAGUCGCAUCAACCUUCUGGAGCCAUGGACUGGCUGAAAUGGCUGGGCAGAGAAAUAAGCUGUGCGUAUCUGCCCUGGCUGUGGAUAACUUUGCAGAGGGGGUGGGAGCUGUGUACGGCAUGUUUGAUGGGGACCGAAAUGAGGAGCUCCCACGCCUGCUGCAGUGUACGAUGGCAGAUGUGCUCUUAGAAGAGGUCCAGCAGUCAACAAACGACACCGUUUUCAUGACUAACACCUUCCUGGUAUCUCACAGAAAAUUAGGAAUGGCUGGCCAGAAGUUAGGCUCCUCUGCUCUCCUGUGUUACAUCCGACCUGAUACUGCCGAUCCAACAAGUAGUUUUGGCCUGACGGUGGCCAACGUUGGCACAUGCCAAGCCGUCUUGUGCCGGAGUGGGAAACCAGUACCCCUCUCUAAAGUCUUCAGCCUGGAGCAGGCUCCAGAGGAAGCGCAGAGGGUCAAGGACCAAAAGGCCAUCAUAACAGAGGACAACAAAGUGAAUGGGGUAACCUGCUGUACCCGAAUGCUGGGCUGUACAUACCUCUACCCCUGGAUCCUCCCCAAGCCCCACAUUUCUUCCAUUCCACUAACCAUCCAGGAUGAGUUGCUGAUUCUGGGAAACAAAGCAUUGUGGGAACACUUGUCAUACACAGAAGCUGUUAAUGCCGUGCGUCAUGUACAAGACCCCUUAGCAGCUGCCAAGAAGCUGUGCACUCUGGCGCAGAGCUACGGUUGUCAGGACAAUGUUGGGGCCAUGGUGGUUUAUUUGAACAUCGGUGAGGAAGGUUGCACUUGUGAAGUGAAUGGGCUAAGCCUCCCAGGUCCUGUGGGAUUUGCCUCGACAACCACCAUCAAGGACGCCCCCAAACCAACCACUCCCUCCUCCAGCAGUGGGAUUGCCUCUGAGUUCAGCAGUGAAAUGUCCACCUCAGAAGUGAGCAGUGAAGUGGGAUCCACGGCUUCUGAUGAGCAUAACACUGCUGGCCUGGAUACAGGCUUGCUCCCAAGGCCAGAGCGGCGCUGCAGCCUUCAUCCAACACCCACCUCUGGGGUUUUUCAGCGCCAGCCUUCUUGUGCUACGUUCUCGAGUAAUCAGUCUGACAAUGGCCUGGACAGUGAUGAUGACCAGCCUGUUGAAGGCGUCAUAACAAAUGGCAGCAAGGUCGAAGUAGAAGUAGAUAUCCAUUGCUGUAGAGGAAGGGAUCUUGAAAAUUCUUCUACUUUUACAGAGAAUUCUACCCCAUGUCCUGAGGAACAUGCUAGAGGCUUGUUUUUUGGCAUCCGAAGACAGAACAGUGUGAAUAGUGGUAUACUCCUACCAGUGAGCAAGGACAAGAUGGAAUUGCAGAAGUCUCCCUCCACGUCCUGCCUCUAUGGAAAGAAACUCUCCAACGGCUCUAUUGUCCCCCUAGAAGACAGCCUGAACCUCAUUGAAGUGGCCACAGAAGCACCCAAGAAGAAGACUGGCUAUUUUGCGGCCCCAACCCAGCUGGAACCAGAGGAUCAGUUUGUUGUACCUCGUGACCUGGAAGAUGAAGUGAAGGAGCAAAUAAAACAGCACCAGGAAAGCAGGCCGGAGCCCGAGCCCAGUGAAGAGGAUCGGACCGAACUCCCGGAGGAAUUUGACACGGCGCUGUAG